UGACGCUGGGCUGGCGGCGGCGGUUGCCGGGGCGACAGCUGGGUCAGUGGCGGCCGAGCCGGUUAAGGGAGGGUGCCCGCGGCCGUGCAGCAGAGAUUUUUGCUGUGAGAAUUAACAGUAACCGUUCAAUAUGGGUGAUGUUCUGGCUCAUGAAUCAGAAUUACUUGGACUUGUGAAAGAGUAUUUAGAUUUUGCUGAAUUUGAAGACACCUUGAAAACAUUUUCAAAAGAAUGCAAAAUAAAAGGAAAGCCAUUAUCUAAAACAGCAGGUGGCUCUUUAAGGGACUCCAGAUCAUUGAUCAUCCAGAAGGACCUCGUUGCUGCAUUUGACAAUGGCGACCAGAAGGUGUUCUUCGAUUUGUGGGAGGAGCACGUUCCCAGUUCCAUCCGAGAUCGUGACUCCCUUGCCCAGAAGUUGGAAUUCUAUCUUCACAUCCAUUUUGCCAUCUAUCUUCUGAAACACUCCUUAGGGAGACCUGACAAAGAGGACCUGGAUGAGAGGAUUUCUUAUUUCAAAACCUACCUGGAGACCAAAGGGGCAGCGCUGAGCCAGACCACGGAGUUUCUCCCUUUCUAUGCUCUGCCUUUUGUUCCCAACCCCAUGGUCCACCCCUCGUUUAAAGAGCUCUUCCAGGAUUCUUGGACUCCAGAAUUAAAGUUGAAGUUGGAAAAGUUUCUGGCUUUAAUUUUUAAAGCCAGCAACACGCCAAAGCUUUUAACGUUAUACAAGGAGAACGGACAAAGUCAUAAAGAAGUGUCACAGCAGCUCCACCAGCAGCUGAUAGAAGCCGAGCGAAGGUCAAUGACAUACCUGAAGCGGUACAACAAGAUUCAGGCAGACUACCACAAUCUCAUCGGGGUCACAGCAGAGCUGGUGGAUUCUCUGGAGGCCACAGUCAGUGGCAAGAUGAUCACCCCGGAGUACCUCCAGAGCGUGUGUGUCCGUCUCUUCAGUGACCAGAUGCGGCAGAGCCUGGCCCACAGCGUGGACUUCACGAGGCCUGGGACGGCUUCAACCAUGUUAAGAGCCUCCUUGGCACCCGGGAAACUGAAGGAUGUCCCAUUGCUGCCCUCCUUGGAUUAUGAGAAACUGAAGAAGGAUUUGAUUUGGGGGAGUGACCGCUUGAAAGCCUUCUUGUUGCAGGCUCUGCGCUGGCGCUUGACCACAUCCCAUCCGGGAGAGCAGAGGGAGACCGUUCUGGAAGCCUAUGUCGGCAACGACCUCCUGGAUUGUCACAGCCACAGCCAGAGGAGCGUGCUCCAGCUGCUGCAGUCCAGGAGUGAGGUGGUUCGGCAGUACAUGGCCCGGCUCGUCAACGCCUUCGCGUCCCUGGCGGAAGGUCGCCUCUACCUGGCCCAGAGCACAAAGGUGCUGCAGAUGCUGGAGGAAAGGCUGAAGGAGGAGGAUGAGGACAUCGUCACCCGCGAGAACGUUCUCGGGGCCUUGCAGAAGUUCAGCCUCAGGCGCCCGCUGCAGACAGCGAUGAUUCGAGAUGGCCUCAUCUUCUGGCUGAUUGAUAUUCUGAAGGACCCCGAUUGCCUGUCGGACUAUACACUGGAGUACUCGGUGGCUUUGCUCAUGAACCUCUGCCUCAGGAGUGCAGGGAAGAACAUGUGUGCCAAGGUGGCGGGUCCGGUGCUAAAAGUUCUGUCGGAUCUGCUCGGCCAUGAAAACCACGAGAUACAGCCGUAUGUGAAUGGAGCUCUGUACAGCAUCCUUUCUAUUCCAUCCAUUCGUGAGGAAGCAAGAGCAAUGGGAAUGGAGGACAUCCUUCGCUGCUUCAUCAAAGAAGGCAAUGCUGAAAUGGUCCGCCAGAUCGAAUUCAUCAUCAAGCAGCUUAAUUCAGAAGAGCUGCUGGAUGGUGUUCUUGAAUCUGAUGAUGAUGAAGAUGAAGAUGAUGAAGAGGACCAUGACACUAUGGAAGCUGAUCUGGACAAAGAUGAGCUGAUCCAGCCCCAGCUUGGAGAGCUCUCAGGCGAGAAGCUUCUGACCACGGAGUACUUGGGAAUUAUGACGAACACGGGGAAGGCGAGGCGGAAGGGCCUGGCCAGUGUGCAGCAGAGUGCCGAUGAGCCCCUGCGCCGGCCCAUCACCCCCGGCGGCCACAGGACCGGGUACCCAGUGCUGGAAGGCUAUCCCAUUUCUCCCCAGAUGGCCCAGCCUGCCCGAAACGGCAGCCUGCCGUCCCUGACAAGCGCCCACCCUCCCGUCUACGAGGGGGCUGAGCCCAGUGCUUUGGAGCCUUGCAUCUCCUCUUCACGUAAGAACCCCACCGCGGACAUCAAGCCAGGAGAAUGGUUGCCAGCAGGACAUCAGGGAGAGGCUCGCCUGCCCUCCUCGGAGGUCCCCAACCAGGCCCCAGGCAGUGGAGAGACCACCAGGCAGCCCAUCUUACAGGAAGUGAGGAUGGUUCCUUCCCCGGUGUCACCAUCCCCUUGCCCGAGGACCAGCCAGCUUCCCCUUCUCGGCCAGCCGGCGGCUGCAGGUGACAGAUGUGGAGAGACGGUUUGUCUGCGAGCCGCCAGGUGGCUUCAGGAGCUGAGGCGAGGCUGACCCCCACGACAUGGGCUCCUGUGACUGUCCUCUGGUUGUCCCCUCACACACACAGGAGCGUAGCUGGGUGGGCAGCACGGGGCCAACCAGCGAGCUAUUCAUCUUGGGAGCCUGUGCAGAGGAGAGGGGGACUGAACACGCAGCCAGGGACGGGGGGCCUCGGCCUCAGUGGAAACCAGCGCUCCUUUCUCCGUCCAGCUAGGAGAAAACCAAAGGGAUUUAGAAUAGGGGAAACCCAUUCUCAAGCCAUAUUCCUGAGCAGCAGAUCUGACGUUCUCUUCCUCUUUUGAAAAUCUGGUAAGAAUAUGAUCUAGUCCCAUAUAGAGCCUGGAAGAUACAGCCGUUCCUGAUCUCCUGCACACGUGGUUUAAAGGCCGCAUAGGGUUGACCAGUGUACCCCGUCCCCCUGCCCUCCUCUUCUAAGACUGCAAACACAAACAGUUCCAGUGGCAAGAUGACUGGUCCCCACUGGGAAGGACUGUGCUGGCUCCUUGCGGAAGGUGAUGUCAGAGCCCAUGUCUGAGGACAGAGCCAACAAUGUCACCCAAACGAGGAGCAGGAUCUGACCUCACCUAAAAUAGGAGUAUUGAAAUAAAAGUUAUCAAUAUCUAGA